AGACGUCAGGAGCGCCCCGUUCAACUCCUCAGUGUGUGAAGAAACGGACUUUGAAUGGCUUAUCCCAGCCAGGUGAGAGACAAGCACGAAGUCCAAUCAAGAAGAACGGAAGAUGCCGCACAUCCAAUGAGCAGAGAGUGUGUCCAGUAGCAGUUCUAUGGGUGGAGCAGAGCAGCAGCACAUCCACGUGGUUCGGGUGUGGAAACCACCAGUGACUUUGAGAAAUUUCUCGAAGUUUCUUCACGGUUUCAAAUAGGGCGGCACCGGAGCGAGGCAGGGCAUAAAAAACCACAGGUGGAUGGGACAACACCUCUCCGAUAAAAUUACUCCAAGAUCUACUAGCAAAGAUUUGUUUGAAAUUGGAGUGAACCGAACUUGACCGAUAAACGGAUAACCUCAACGCAAGCAGUACUGAUCUGAACCCGCUAUUCGACUUUUGGAGAAUAUCUACUUAAAAAUAAACGCUCGAUGGUGAAGAUGGGGAAGGAUUAUUACAGUGUUUUGGGGAUUCAGAAAGGCGCAUCUGACGAUGAGAUCAAGAAAGCGUAUCGCAAACAGGCACUCAAAUACCAUCCGGACAAAAACAAGUCACCCGGCGCAGAGGAGAAGUUCAAAGAGAUCGCGGAGGCUUACGACGUGUUGAGCGACCAGAAGAAGAAAGACAUCUAUGACAAAUUUGGAGAAGAAGGACUGAAGGGAGGCAUCCCUGGCGGUGGAGGCGGUGGUGGUAAUUUCAGCUACACUUUCCAAGGCGAUCCUCAUGCAAUGUUUGCAGAGUUUUUCGGAGGACGGAGCCCUUUCGAACAGUUUUUCGGACGCAACGGCGGCAUGGAUGAGGAUAUGGAAACGGAUGACCCGUUUGCCAGUUUUGGUAUGGGUGGCAUGGGCGGCAUGGGUGGUUUCUCCCGCUCCUUUAACACGCGCGGUCACGGCGGGAGAGUGGAGAAAAAGCAGGACCCUCCGGUGACCCACGACCUGAAGGUCAGUCUAGAUGAAGUGCUCGCUGGCUGCACCAAGAAGAUGAAGAUCUCACGCAAGCGCCUGAACCCCGACGGAAGAACAACGCGCACCGAAGACAAGAUUCUUACGGUGGAGGUGAAGAAAGGCUGGAAGGAAGGAACCAAGAUUACUUUCCCCAAGGAAGGCGAUGAGACGCCAACAAAUAUCCCUGCAGAUGUUGUGUUUGUGGUGAAAGAUAAGCCACAUCCCGUGUACAAACGGGAUGGAUCAGACAUUAUUUAUCCUGCAAAAAUUACACUACGAGAGGCACUUUGUGGUUGCUCGAUCAACGUCCCAACGCUGGAUGGUCGCACAGUCAACUUAACAUCUCAGGAAAUUAUUCGUCCCGGGAUGAAACGGCGUGUCAGCGGGGAAGGUCUUCCUAUUCCGAAAUCCCCAGAUCGCCGCGGAGACUUGGUUGUCGAAUACGAGGUCAGGUUUCCCGAAAGGUUGAGUCAGAGUGCCAAGGACACUAUCGCAAAUGUUUUGCCAGUUUCUUGAGCUAUGUACAGUACACUGGAGCUGCUGCCUUUGGGAAUUCUUGGUUUCGUAGUAUUUAAAGGAUGCAUAUUUGAGCUCAGCCCAUUUGCUGCUGCAAAACAAAACCGUUAUUCUGUAACGUAGUGCCAUUGAGAGGCUAUCUGAACCAAAACAAAGCUGGACUGGUUUGUUUGUCUGCGCCACGUGCACGAACCCAUGUUUUCUUUGGGUCUAGUCAGCAGAAAGUCUCCAGCUGUGGCCUCUGGGCCAGCGUUUUGUUGUGCGCUGCACAAAUCUAAGUUUACAAUUGUUCCAAAGACAGACAGCUGAGGAUGUUGUGAUGUGUGGAGAUAGUGAUAAGGUUUCUUUUCAGCAGUCUGACUGACUUUGGAUACCUCAGGAAAGUCUUUCUGUGAAAGCAAGCUGUAGUCUGUCUUCUAAUACAAUCUAAUGGAGACGUUCAGUCAUGUCAGGAAAAGUCAUUCACAAUGUAGUGGUGGCCCAAAGUGAUCCCUGCAUGGAUCGUCCCUCAUCUAAAUAUGUGAAUCAGCACAUUUGCAACAGAAAUAUGUUUUUUUUUUUUUUUU